AUGCCUUUACGCGAGGUCAUUGCUGGUGACGAUCGAGCGCUUCAAGCUAUUGCUGAUGCCCUUGCAAAAUCGCACAAACAGGUGUUAGUCACGGGCGCGGGCAUUAGCACAAGCUGUGGCAUUCCGGAUUUCAGAUCAAAAGAUGGACUAUACAACGUUAUACCGGAGCGAGCUAUACUACCUACACCGCCGCCUUCCAAUCCGUCAACACCUUCCUCACGCAAAAGGAAAGCAUAUACAGACGACGACGAUGAACCUCCCUCGUCUCAGUCCUCGAUCUUUUCGUCCAGCAGCUACCGGUCAUCGCCAUCCUCACGAAUGAAAGGUGAAGAUCUUUUCAACGCACGCGUUUUUCAGAGCGCCGAGACCACAACAACAUUCUAUCAGUUUAUCGCGACUCUCCGACAGAAGAUCAUGGAUGAAGUCAAGGAUACCAGCGCUACACACAAAUUCAUCAGAACGCUACGCGAUGGUGGCAGGCUAAUGCGUUGUUACACGCAGAAUAUAGAUGGUCUGGAAGCAAGAGAAGGCUUGUGUAUGGACCUGACGCGUGGCAGAGGCAACAAGCGCAGGUUUCUGAAGAAGAAUUACGAGAUGCCUCGACCGGAAGAGACGAAGGGAACGGACUUCGAAGGAGGUUGCGAGGUCGUGCAACUACAUGGAGAGUUGAGCAACCUUCGCUGUCGCGUGUGUUCUACGGAGCAGGCGUGGGACGAGGGAGAAACGGCCAUCUUCUUGGAAGGUGCUGCACCAAACUGCGAGAAGUGUGCUGAGAAGAGCGAGGCGCGACAAGCCACAGGAAAGCGUGGUCUGGCAGUAGGAGAGCUUAGACCGAACAUCGUGCUCUACGGAGAGGAUCACCCGCACAAUUCCUUAUUGGUACCACUGAUUGCUUUCGACCAAAGUUCAAAUCCAGACCUACUGGUGAUUAUGGGCACAUCGCUGAAAGUCCACGGUUUACAGAAGGUCGUAAGAGAUUUUGCUAAGGUUGUGCAUGCUCAAAAGAAUGGAAGAGUGGUGUUCGUUAAUAGAACACGGCCUUCUGAGAGUCAAUGGGAGGGUGUUAUUGACGACUACGUUGCGAUGGACUGCGACGCAUGGAUUGCUGAUCUGAAGACACGGAGGGAAGAUCUGUGGUUAAGACAAGGAGAGCUCGAUUUGAAAGUCAGCAAGCUUGCUGGGCAAAAGAGAAAGCGAAAGUCGAUCGACGAAGAUGACGCCGAUACAAUUACUGCACGACCCACCAAAAGAGCUAACAUCUCGAUUAAUGUUCCAGCUCGCAAACAGAAAACAAGCAAGGCACCCGCAAAAUCUGUUGAUGUAUACAGCGAUGUCUUUGUGGAGAAUGCUACACCCAGAGCCAAGAAAACUACAGGCUGGAAAGACAGAGAUUUCAUCCCACCACACGCGGCAAAUCUGCUCUCUCCUCUCGUUCAACGACGACCCGAAUUCUCGCCGCUUAAGAGGCAUUUCCGGCCACUCAAAGAUAGAGACAACUAUGUACCAGGCUCACCUAUUUCACCAGCAUACUCAGCUCUAACCGAGCAAUCUCCACGUUCAGCCAGAAUGACCAAGACACAACCAGACAUAUCCACUCCAACACCGAAGCAAAAUCUACGAGCAAGCGCUAUAACCACAACAUCAAGGAAAUCACGACUAGCACACAGUGAAGAGAGUGAAAACCUGCCCGAGCCAGAAAAUACACCUUCAUCUGGCCGCGAAGUCAUCGAGGAUUCAGAAGUCGAGGAGACGGUACAGCAAGGAUAUAUCGAAUCGAGCGCGGUGAAGAAGCUUUCAUUCGUCAGUGUUAGUAGUCCUGAGGAAGCAGACAGACCACUCGUGCAGAGACCUAGGGAGUCUCUGAUGCGAUCGUUGUUUGCUUGUGUGACGCGGAGUCCGAGAUGA